AUGGAGUUUGUCUAUUCCGAGGCCAGCGGCCGCCAGCGCGACAUAGCCGAGCUCACCACAGCGAUCGCGCCCUGGGAGGCGUCGAAACCCGAGCAGGGCGACGAAGAUUAUCAUUUGUGGAUGCGGAAGCGCGAAGAAUUGAAGAGCCUGCUGGUGUAUCAAAUGUAAAAAUGUCUGGGUCUGGAAGAAUGCAACCUGUCAUGCUGUUCUUGGACGGUAAAAAAAAUUGUAUUGCAUGACCAGCAAGAGGGGCGCAGUUUGUGCUACCCGGACAGGGCAUUUCUCAUGCGGAAGGUGCAUCAGGAAGCCCUCUAAAUGUCUGCGAUGCUAGGUCAUGCAUCACAAGCAUCAUGGGUCAUGACAAACAUGCAUCAUGGGUCAUGACAAACAUUAAAAUUGUAGACAAGCAUCAUGUAAAAAGUAGAAGCAGAUACUUCAACAGCCGCGCAGCUAGCGGGGGGGUGACUCCUGUGGUCCCCCCCCACCGGCUGUGCUUUUUCCAAAACAUCCAGGAAAACCGUGUCGCGGUUCUUUUUUUUUCCAGCAAGUGGCUGGUGGGGGCGUAAUAUAGGAUAAGGAAGUAUGUAGGUCGUGAAUGUAGAAAAGACUAAGAAGAGCCGUGCUGGUAAGGUAGAAAACCGGAACUACUUCGAUACAUAAAUGGGGUCGUAGUUGGGUAUAGUAUUUUUUGGCUGAGAUAAAAAGAAAACAUCAUGAACAACGAACGCGGAAUCGGAGACAACGCGGCAAAGCGGGGGCAGGGGCGCGGCCUGCCAGCGAGGACACGGCAAGGGAAUCGGGACAAAUGGCCAGGGGCUCAAGACAAGUGCCAAUGAGGGGAGCCGCGCGCACCGUUCGAGCUACAGGAGGACGAGGAGGACUAGGCCAACGUGUGGAGCGGAGGGGGAGAGCGGGGAGGACUAGGCCAACGUGUGGAGGACCAGGGAUACGCGUGUGGUGCGGAGGGAUAGAACGGCUGCGAAGCGAGAACAAGUUGCUGGGGCAGGCGACAAGUUUAAAUUUGGUACAAAAAAAAACAGCACUCAGAUACCCGCGCCAUCUGCUUAACUGUGUGAAAUAUUGUGUCGGCCCUGUCCUGCUUGGUCGCAGGCCGGUGUUCGUGAGAUCAGAUUUCACAUGUUAAGUAACGCACACCGGCUCCUAGCUUAAAAAAAUGAUGAAUUUACAUGAAGAUGGGGCCUAAUCAAAAAAAAAAAAACAUGCAUGACAAAUCUGGUUCUUCCAGACCCAGACACUUUUGCAUUUGAUAUGGUGCUCGGUCGCACAAAAUACGUGGAGAGUUACAAUGAGCGAUACCCCUUUAUGGAGCGCUCAAAUGUUACAUUCUCAGCUGUUACAUGAAUUUGUAAUGCAAGAAUGGGAAAAGUGAAAGGGGGGAAGAAGUUGCGCCUUUUGCAUUACAAGUUUGGCGCAGACUCUCAGCCUGUUGGGCUCUUCCACAAUUUGUAAUGCGAAGCAGCUUGAUCGCGUCGAUUCUGAUUGCCAUUUUGCAUGACAAAUCAUGUAACAAUUGAGAAUGUAACGGUUGAGAACGCCAUGCCCUUCCACGAGCCCCGGUAUCUCCGCUGUUCCAUCGAACAGGGGACGGUCGAGGAGGCGAAGCACUGCCGCAAUGACCCAGGCUUCCGCACAAGUCAGAGUAGCGUGAUUGCAGAUAUGCAUUGCAAAUUCUAUGUCUGGGCGGUCUGGAAGAAUGCGAACUUGUGAUGCGCGUUCCGCGUUCCGGAUCAUAGUACAAAAGUUUCUCAUGCGUGGACAGCGAAAGUUGCCCACUUCUUGUCACGACCGAAACAAGUGGGAAUCUGCCAUGCGGAGGAGGCGUUGACUCCCCUUCUGAAUUGAAUUCGUGAUGCUAGGGCCUGCAUGGCAGACCUUGUGGGUCAACAACAACAUCCAUAAACAGCAUGACAGACUACAUCGGCACUCAUGAAGAUCCAGACCCAGACAUAUUUGCACUUGAUUCCAGACCUUGGAAAACAAAAGCUGCGGCUGGACGACCAGUUGCACCGGGGCGUAUGCAUUGCAAAAGUAUCGCACUCGUACUAAUUGCGUUAGCGUUAUAUUUAUGCAUUACAAAUCCUUUUCUUAGGGCAAAUCCGCAUGACAAAUUUGAUUUGUAACGCUAAGGCAAUUUGUUAUGCAAUCUAACUAUACUACUAGUACCAUACUAGUUUUGCAAUUCAUAGGGUGACAACAAGGCUGAUUUCGCAGGAGCAGAAGAUGCGGCGUGGUCUGUAGCGGAGUUUUUUCGCAAAAGAAGACGUAGCGGAGGUGGUGAAGAAGAUGCUAAAGAUGAUAUUUCAUCGUCUUCUCUGGAAAUAGAGUCAGCAUCAAGAGCUGCAAGUGCAACAUCUUCACGAGGGGGCACAUCACGUAGAAUUAGCGAAGAUGAACAAGAAGACGACAAAAAGGCGGGAGGUACUAAAAAUGAUGAAGUGGACGUUAACGUCAACGAAGAUGGAAUCUUCGGAGCGGAUGCAGUGGCAGCGAGUUUGGGGAAAAUGUUAAAGACUUCUGAAAACUCGGCCGCUGCGAGGACCGAUGCGGAGAACGACGAAG